GAAGAUCAACAUUUACCAUGCUGAGAUUCGGGCAGCACCUCAUCAAGCCCUCUGUGGUCUUCCUGAAGACUGAGCUGUCCUUUGCCCUGGUGAACCGGAGGCCGGUGGUCCCAGGACAUGUCCUUGUUUGUCCUCUGCGGCCGGUGGAGCGUUUCCGUGACUUGUGUCCUGAGGAAGUGGCGGAUUUAUUUUGUGUGGCACAAAGGGUUGGCAAUGUGGUGGAGAAACACUUCUGCGGCACCUCACUCACCAUUUCAGUUCAGGAUGGUCCUGAAGCUGGACAGACGGUGAAGCAUGUUCAUGUCCAUGUGCUUCCAAGGAGGAGCGGAGACUUCAGCAGGAAUGACGAUGUCUACGAGGAGUUGCAGAGACACGACAAAGAGGAUUCCCCUGACAAGUGGAGGACAGAAGAAGAAAUGGCAGCUGAAGCAGCAAUUCUGAAGAAGUAUUUUCAGGAAAAUUAGAGGGGCUGACACAACAAACAGGGGGAUUACCCUCAGGACCCUGCUCAAAAACAGCAGGUCAUUGGAAGAAUUUCCCUUGGCUCCAGUGGGGUUCCAAUCACAUUCUAAGCUUUCAGAUCAGGACUUGUUAUCUUUCUUUUUAGCCUUAGAAAAUACCUAGCAGAAAUGAAAAACAUCCAUCCAGGUAAAGUUUUUUAAAUAGAGUGUCCUUAAAGUAUGCUAAAGCUUUCCAGAGAGUCACACACUUUAACAUCCUCCUACCUGACUGCACUAUCUUCCACUUGGCUAUGGACUCUAAUGGCACAUAUUUGUCACACCUUGUUACAGCCUUGGUCAAUAGGAUAAUAGAAUAAUCAAUCAUCUAUAUGUUAGUGUGAGACAUAAUAAAUAAAGUGCAUAAUAGUCAAACAGGUCUUCACCAAGGAAAAGUUGAACAGCUACAGUGGUUGUCAAUGGUAAACUGCCUAUGAUAAGUAUGCAAACAUUGACCCCAAGUGUUACGCUGAGAACAUGGAAAUUAAAAUCAUCUAUCUUACUCGAUUCAAA